AUGUCCUCCGCCGCCUCCGCCGCCUUCGUGCGUAACCGCCCCUUCUCCAUUCUCAAGCGCACGCGCUACAACCAGUGCCUGGAGAUCGCAGACCGCCCCUUCUUCGCCGUGGUCCAGUACAACAACCUGAACACCACCGAUCUGCAGGCCAUUCGCCAGGAGCUCAGCAAGAAGGGCCUCUCGGCCACGGCCGUCCCGUCGAACAUCUUCCGCCGGGCGGUUCUCAAUGACCGGCCGAAGCUGCACCGCAUCGCCAACUUCUUCCACGGCCCGACCAUGGUCAUCUACUCCAAGGAGCAGCCGGCUGCCCCGACCCCGGAGGAUCCGAUGGCCCACCUGCCCAAGCCGGCCCAGCUGAAGGACAUCCUGUCUGUGGUCCAGUCCUACGGGCGCCUGGUCAACCUGGGCGGCUCCUUCGAGGGGUCCCCCCUGAGCCUGGAGGACAUGGUCAGCCUCAGCAAGGUGUCCUCCCGCCUGGACAUCUACGGCCAGCUGCUGUCCCUCCUCAACAACCCGGCCCAGUCCCUCACCCAGUCCCUCAACCAGCACCCCUCCAGCCUGGCCUUUGCCCUGCAGCAGUACCUCGACCGCGAGAACGGCCCGGCCGAGGAGGCGUCCUAA